UACCGUUACGACACGUCGAGCGGAGCUGCAUAAUAAUAACGGCACUUUGCGGUCGAGUAUACGUCGGUCCACACACACACACACACACACGCACACACACACAGGAAGCCGCGAACUACAAGGGGGAGAGGAGACCACAAAAUAAAUAUAAAAAGUAAAAAGUACAAAUACAAACAAAAACAAAGCUUGGACAAAUGCGCUUGUUGCUUGCUGCCAACUGACAGUAGGCGUGGCAGCGCCCCUCUGCCCACGUGUGUAAAUGUGUGUGUUGCAUAAAUUGUUGUGCGGAAAUUAUUGAAAUUUUACUUUUUGGCCAAACUCGCGGCGAGAAAGUGGCCCGCCGACAAGGCCAAAAGGGACGCGUUACGGCCACCGUCGGCGUUCUGUGCCACGCCUCCUUUACGUAUUUUGCGCACUGACAAAUUUACUUGCAUAUCCUGCUACAACAACAACAACUAGUCACAAAACUAAACAAACACAAUUUGCGUAUCGCAGUCGCCCCUUCACAGCGCGCCCGCCAAGCCCAAGCCAAGCUUGUUCUCCGUCGCCAUUUUGGACAAUAAUUUCACUUCCGGUUUGCACAAAUACAACGGUAAAUGGUAUUUAAAAAAACAAACAACCUAGCACAAAAUGCCGCCAAAGUGACGCGUGAAGUUGUCGUAUUUCAAGAAUAUUAGUUAGUCAAAGUGCAUUAGUUAAUCAAUUAACUAAAUUAAGUGGAGCUUGACAUAUUCGGAUUAAGCACAAACACAGAAACCAGCAUAAUCCUGAGAGUCAAGUGGAAUCCAUUGCUUAACCAAAACGUAGCCGUUGACGCUUCGGAGGGACGCGCCAUGUACGAGAACUCGUGUUCGUAUCAGACGGCGCUGGACUUGAAGCGCGUGUCGCCGCCGACGCUGGCCCAGGUGAAAACGGAGGACUGUCUGACUUUGGGCCAAUGCUCGCCGGACUGGACCUCGUAUCGGUUCCAUCAGUCCACAUUCGAGCAGCUGAAGCAGAGCGUCGAGAAGGCCAAGGCAGCGCUGCAGGAUCGCAGCAGUUUCUUUGGCGCCAGCAGCGCUUUCAGCGACAUCUACUCCAGCCAGCGGCUGACCGAUACGCUGGACACACUGCCCGCCAUGCAGAAUGGCACGGGCGCCGGCAAUUGCCUGGGCCUCACGCACAAUGCGGGCGCCGGCGUGGGCGUCGGAGUGGGCGUGGGCGUGCUCAAUUAUAACACGGUGAGCAGCAGCAGCGCCGGCGUCCUGGGCAGCAGCGUGCAGCGGCAUCGCCUGGACACACUGCAGCCGCCAUCGGGCUGCUCGCCCGUCGGCACACAGCACGGCGUCAUCACCUCUAGUGCGGGCCAUGUGCCGGCUGCCUCGUUGGAUGCGGUCAGCUCGCCCUCGGUGCUGCCGUCGCUAUCAGCGUCCACCACCUCGCACGUGGAGCACAAAGUUCGAACAGAGAAAUCCACGCUGGAUUGCGCCACAACGUCCUCGCAUGCCGCCGUCGCCUCGUCCUCCACGGCAGCCGCGUCCGUGUCCAGCAGCGAGCUGGGCAGGCACAGCGUCGGCAAAAGCAACGCCAGCAGCAGCAGCAACGGCCACAAUAAUGCCAGCAAUUCACUCUAUUCCUCGUACAAAUCGUCGUGGGGCUCGCACAGCUCCACACAAUCGCAAGGCUACAGCUCGAAUGCUUUGAGUAUUAAACAUGAUCCGCACACACAACUACGGCAACCUGAUCCAUAUCAAAUGUUCGGACCCACCAGCAGCAGGCUGGCCAGCUCAGGCUCGGGACAGAUACAAUUAUGGCAGUUCCUGCUCGAGCUGCUGUCGGACUCCAACAAUGCCAGCUGCAUUACCUGGGAGGGCACCAAUGGCGAGUUCAAGCUAACCGAUCCCGAUGAGGUCGCCCGCCGCUGGGGCGAGCGCAAAUCCAAGCCCAACAUGAACUACGACAAGCUGAGUCGCGCCUUAAGAUAUUAUUAUGACAAGAACAUCAUGACCAAGGUGCAUGGCAAGCGCUAUGCGUACAAAUUCGAUUUCCAGGGCCUGGCGGCGGCCACACAGCCGGCGGCCAGCGAUCCCACCUACAAGUAUCAGAGCGAUCUGUUCAUGACGCCAUAUCAUCACAGCGCCAAGCUCAGCUCGUUUAUGAGUCCGCAUCACGGCAUGACCUCGUCCUCAGCCUCCAUAUUUCCGACGGCCGCCUCGUGGGGCAACUGGGGCAGUCCGGCAACAAAUCUGUAUCAGCCGCACUCGAUGAGCCAUGUGACGCCCUCGCAUGUGGCGCCGCAUCUCAGCUCCUAUCCUCACUACGCAUGACCAUCAUAAUAUGAGAGCAAUGCCGCCGCUGGCGCUGCCGGUGCCAGCAGCGCGGUUAGCGGCGGCGCUGGCAUUAUGAGCGGCUUUGCCAGCGGCGGCGGCGGCAGCGGCGGCGGCACCACCAGCACCACCAGCAGCAGCAGCAGCAACAACAACAACAACAACACCACCGCCAACAACAACAACAGCAACAACAGCGGCGGCAGCAAUCCGAAUGCGGGACAGUCGCAUUUGGAGGCCAGUCUGGGCCAGAAUCUGAAUGCGGCUCCGGCACAUGCCAGCGCUGGCUUCGGACUCGGAGUACACGGCAUGAGCAUGGGCGUCGGUGUGGGCGUCGGCGUCGGCGUGGGCGUGGGCGGCAGCAAUUCGACGCUCAAUUCGCUGGUCGUGGGCAAUCGGCUGAUGAACAGCAGCCUGCCGACGCUGCUCAAAUGAUGCCACCUGGAAAAGUUCGGGCUGAGUCUGGGCGCCGGUCCGCCACCGCCAGCGGCCACGCCCGCCGACGCAGCGCCGGACGGCAGCGUCGGCAUCGGCAGUCACGCAUAUCCCGGCAGCUAUGGCGCCGGCAGCGAACGGACACUGUACGACUAUCUGGACAUGAAGGGCGAGCAGGCGACGUUUUUAUUGUAAGUGCAACCAAAACCACCAGAAGAAAACAAAAGAAAAUUAAAACAGAAAAACAAAAACAAAAACAAAAACCAGAAAACAGCGGAUUUUACUCAUAGCAAUUAGCUCAAGAACCAGUCAAAAACUGCUGAUCCAGAAUAUAUGUCUAUAUAUAUACACAAAUUUUUAUCCUGACUGACGAACUGAUCAACCGAUUUUUACUAUAGUUACCUUAUGUGUUUCCACCCGCAAGUGUGGAAAAAUAGUGGAAAACAGUUGCAUGCAAGUUUUUUUUAUAAAUUGAACAAUCUCAAACCCAGUUUCAAAUUUGUUUGUCAGAAUUCAUUUGAGAGAUUCUUCACACAUUUCAGCAAAUCCACUUGCCUUGGUGGAAAUGGGUGUUAAAUAUGUUGUGCUGAAAGUUUCCGGUUCAAACAAUUUCAAGAGCAACAUUUAACUAAAUUCGGUCAGCUUCCAACUUGUUUUCAAAUAUAUAAAAAAUCGAUUUAAAAAAAUUCCUGGAAUUGCAGGUUAAGCGGUUGAAAAAUGGAAAUUCACAGGUGGAAAAUGGGUGGAAGAUGGAAAUCUAAAAUUAAAAGCACAAAACUUCCACCAAAUAAAACCGGAAAGUGACAGUUCGUAUAUUUAUAUAUGCACAUAUAUUAAUAUACAUUCUUUAUAUUUAAUCAGUGAUGCUUGUAUUCGGCAUUCUGUUUAUUAAGUAGCUCAUUGCAGCAAUGGAGGAAAUGUUGUUGUUUGGUUAUAGGGAACACUCCAUCUGUCGCUGCACGUGCCGUAGACAUUGCACUUUCGGCUGCAGCACUUGUUGUCAUAAAUGCAAGCCUUGCCAUUCGGCGUGCACCAGUCGACAUUUCCGCAAACUAGAGCUAGGCUCAUCGAGACACUCAACACCAAUAAUAUCCACCUCAUCAUCUUGGCUCAGCCUUCGCGUUGAAUAUGAA